GCUCUUUCUCUCGCUCGUACUGUGAGUGUGGCUUUACGAGAAAGACCGAACACAACUUUUCCUGUUGUUAUAACUUCAAGAUCCCAACAACAAAACGCAACCCAAUGGCUUUGCAACAAUACGGACACUGUGGACGAGACGCUACUUUGAAAUUGGAGGACCCCUUUCUCUAAUUGUGCAGAAAUUUGGGUUCAUUUAACGAUUGAAGUUGGGGUCGACAUAAAGGACUACUGACCACUUCGCCGUACGGUCAAGGCCCAUGUCAAGAUGUCUGUCAGUAAUCACGAAAACCGAAAGUCCCGCUCCAGCUCGGGAUCCAUGAACAUCCAGUUGUUUCACAAGACGUCCCACGCUGACAGUUUGUUGACCCAACUGAACCUAUUGCGCAAACGAAAUGUCUUCACAGAUGUUGUCCUGAAGGCUGGUAACCGUGCUUUCCCAUGCCAUCGGGCAGUCUUGGCUUCCUGUAGCAGAUACUUUGAGGCCAUGUUCAGUGGAGGACUUAGAGAGAGCCGUGAUGCCGAGGUCAACUUUCACGAUUCGUUACAUCCAGAGGUUCUGGAGCUUCUGCUGGACUAUGCUUAUUCUGCCCGGAUCAUCAUAAAUGAGGAAAAUGCGGAGUCACUCCUGGAAGCUGGGGACAUGCUUCAGUUUCAUGACAUUAGGGAUGCUGCCUCUGAGUUUUUGGAAAAGAAUCUCCAUCAAACAAACUGUCUGGGAAUGAUGCUCCUGUCAGAUGCCCAUCAGUGCCAGAGACUCUAUGAGUUGUCAUGGAGGAUGUGUUUGGCUAACUUUGCCACGCUCUUUAAAACAGAGGACUUUCUCAGACUGCCUAAGGACAAAGUGAAGGAGCUUAUUCUAAGUGAAGAGCUGGAGGUAGAGGAUGAGAGUCUCGUUUAUGAGGCUGUAAUAGACUGGGUCAAAGCAGAUAUGGACCAGAGGCACAAUGAGCUCCCGGAGCUGUUACGCUGUGUCCGAUUGGCUCUGCUGCCGGAGACUUACCUACUGAAAAAUGUCGCUUCAGAGGAGCUGGUCAUGUGUCAUAAAGUGGGUCGUGAGAUCGUAGAAGAUGCUGUGAGCUGCAAAAUGAGGAUCCUUCAGAAUGAUGGUCUGGUCACAGGGUUUUGUGCUCGCCCCCGAAAGGUAAGCCAGGCUCUGCUGCUGCUGGGAGGACAGACAUUCAUGUGUGAUAAAGUCUACAUGAUUGAUAACAAAACUAAGGAGAUCACACCCAAAACAGACAUCCCCAGCCCUAGGAAGGAAUGCAGCGCUUGUGCUAUUGGCUGUAAAGUUUACGUCACUGGAGGGCGUGGCUCAGAGAACGGCGCCUCGAAGGAUGUGUGGGUGUACGACACGCUGCAUGAUGAGUGGUCCAAAGCAGCUCCCAUGUUUGUGGCCCGGUUUGGACAUGGAUCAGCAGAGCUGGACCACAUGCUUUAUGUGGUGGGAGGACAUACGUCUUUGGCUGGCUCCUUUCCUGCCUCUCCCUCUGUGUCUCUCAAACAGGUGGAGCAGUAUGACCCUCAGACAAAUAAGUGGACACUGGUGGCUCCUCUUAGAGAAGGAGUGAGCAAUGCUGCUGUGGUCGGUGCCAAAAACAAACUGUUUGCUUUUGGGGGCACAAGUGUGAACAGAGAUAAAUACCCCAAAGUACAGUGUUUUGACCCUUGUCAAAACCGCUGGUCUGUCCCAGCUUCCUGUCCACAGCUGUGGCGCUACACGGCUGCAGCAGUAGUUGGAAACCAUGUGGUUGUGAUCGGAGGGGAUACAGAGUUCUCUGCUAGCUCUGCCUACCGCUUCAACAGUGAAACGUACCAGUGGUCCAAGUUUGGAGAUGUGACAGCCAAAAGAAUCAGUUGUCAUGCAGUAGCUUCGGGAAACAGACUAUACGUGGUGGGGGGCUACUUCGGGGCUCAGAGGUGUAAGACUCUGGACUGUUACGACCCGUCAUCAGACUCCUGGGACAGUGUGACCAGUGUGCCCUACUCUCUCAUUCCCACUGCCUUCGUCAGCACAUGGAAGUACCUCUCAGCCUGACCCCCUCAUGGUCUACUGCCCCUGUCUGGUAUGCAGCCUGUACCCACCGCACUGUGCACACACCGUCGCAGUCCAUCCAACGUGAUCUACAUUAAUAUCACAGAGGCCACGAGAGCAAGUGCAAGUCUGUUUACUCAUCUGUGCGGUGUGGUUUUCCCAUGAACUGGUGCCUGGAUACAUGCCUGUGAGAAGCAAUGAUCAACUCUACAUUCACUACACAAAGUUUGCCUUGGACACAUAUGUCAUAUUAAAGAGGCUGUACCUGAUUCUUUCUGUGUAGUUGAGCAAAAUGUGUUUGAUCUUAGCACAGAUACAUUAUAAUCAAGCAGAUUUUAAGGUAGAGAUGAGAUCACUGUGUGCUGUAUGCAUCUAAUUAUAAAGCAAUUUAUUGUCCAACAAACCAGGAAGUGCACUCUUAGCAUGCUAGUUGUUGUUGUUGUUGUUGUUGUUGUUGCAUUACAGAGAUUGCAAAACUGUGAUCUGGCUUCUGAAAGUUGUGAAACAUGCUUAAAAACUAAUUCCUGUGAAUAAUUAGUAUGCUUAGAAUGCAUGAAGUAAGUGAAAAGUAACAUUGGACCACUACAAACCGUUUAAAAUAAAGUAGUUCAUGUUUUGAAGACAGUAAAAAUCAGGUACAGCACAUAGUUUACAGUUCUAGUUUGAAAGACUGUGAAGGGCUCAGCAGUUUCUAGUUUGACAAGAAAAUUGUGUAUGAUUUUUAUGUCUUCUUCCUUUCUAUAUUUUAAGCCCUCGUAUUCGGGCUUCCCUCAAUUUUGGUGAACUAAAUCUGUAUCUUUCUCAGCAUAUAAAUACAUACCCACAUUAAACAGGAAGGCUUUUGUGGUCAGAAAAGUUACAUUGUAUUUCAGGAUGUUAUUUUAAAUUCUGCCAGUAAUGCUCAGUUUGUCUCAGGGCUGUGUAUAGUUUUUGUCAAUGUUAUCUUACUAUUUUUUAUGAAUGUACUUAAAAACAUUUUUAAGUGAUCUUUAAAAACUUUAUUGCCAAACUUAAGAAGCUAACUCAUUUUUACUGACUACAGAAUAGAAAGCUAAGUUGUUGAAGGUAUAGUUAACACAUUGUAACUUUAAUAUUUUAUUUCAAAUCUUAAAUAGAAGUCUUCUGUGAGUAGAUUGUAUUUUUGCUUUUUCAUGACUUUGUAGCUGCCUUUGAUUUGCACAGUUUGUACAAAGAACUUUUACUGGUCUUAAUUUUGUUUUUUGUCUUAACCCAGUGUAGGGUAUUGUGAAUAGUCCAAGCCUUUUUGUAGCAAAUACUGGAGUCUUUCCUCCAACUUUUCUAUGUGCAAGUCUUAGGAUUUCCUGUAAAAGAUGUACUGAUAGUAGCUGUUUGUUAUUUCAUGCUCCGCUCGUGUUCUGUCAAUAAACCGUCAUUUGAACAUG